AUGGUAUUGCGUGCAAUUAGAUAUUGCUCAACCUUUCAAGCAUAUCUAAAUGAACGUGAACAGUUACGGAUAGGAUUAUUAUUAAAUAAAUAUCCAAAUAAAUUUAUUAAUGAACAAUUUCAAUAUAUAUUAUUAAAAUUCAAUAUUGAUCAGCUUCUAACAGUAAAUAAUUAUGAUAAUUAUCGUCAAAAAGUUAUAGACUCUCCAAUAAAAGAAAAAGUACUAAUUGAUUAUAGAAAGACAAUGUUUGUACAUUUUACAUAUUGUUCAAAUAUGAAAACAUUUCCAGGUAAAUUCCAUACAUUAUGGAAUAAAUAUUUUGGUGAGUCUCCAAUUAAUGAAGUUAUACCUAUUCUUGGUACACGCAAUAGAUCGAAAAAAGAUAAGAAUAAGAAAAAACUUCGUCGAUAUCUUGAAUCAAAUCGUAUAUUAAAAUGGUUAGAAGAUCAUUCAAGAAGUUCCAAAAAUGCGAUAAGUGGUCGUGGUAAUCAAGCAUAUGUAUUAGCUUCAACUUCAAUUUAA